CAUCGCUUCUCCUACACAUUCUAAAUUCCUCAUCCCGCUUAAAUCAUCCAUAAUCGAAUCAUUCAUAACUGAAAUGUCCUCUUACUAUGAUGACCACAGUCUUGAAGACCCCUUCAAGGCUCGACAAUCCAACAAUCGCUCCUUGAAUCCUGAUCUCUCCCAUUUCAUGCCAAAUGAAGAUGAUGAAAUUUCGUCUUCUUCCAAUCGUUUACCACCAGGGACUACGCCAAGGGCAAGCGAUUUCCGGAGACUUGCAGAGAUGUUUGGGGCAUUCCGUGAAAGGGAGGAGCCCUUAGGAGAUGAAGCGCACCAAGAAUUCCUGGAUAACCUGAUUACACAGUUGAUGGACGAAGCCGGUGCCAGCGGAAAGCAUGGACCUCCUCCAGCCUCCAAGUCAUUCAUUCGUGACUUGCCGUUCGUUGCACAGAAGGAGUUGAAGUCAGAUGAGGCAUGUAUCAUCUGCAACGAAAACUUUCAUGAGAACGAGUUCAAGGCUGGGAUCACAAAGCUGCCAUGCAAGCACUUUUUUGAUCGUGAUUGCAUCGUUCCAUGGCUUGAGUUGCACAACAAUUGCCCGGCAUGCCGUGCCGAAGUUCCCUCGGAUGACCCUGAUUGGAUCAAAAAGAAACGUGAGGCAGAACUAGCAAAAUAUGCUGCAGAAGCAGAAAUUGACGAGGAUUGGAUGUACUCUUAGAUAAUAGAUGCCUAUUUAUUAGACAUAUUUAGAUAAUGAUAACAAUACCUAGAGCAGUUCACAGUAACAGUAAUAAUAAUAGUCG